AUGUCUGUCCCUGCCUUCUCCGACAUUGCCAAGCCGGCCAACGAUCUCCUUAACAAGGAUUUCUACCACCUCUCUGCCACCACCUUCGAGUUCAAGGACACCGCCCCUAACGGCGUUGCCUUCAAGGUCACUGGCAAGUCCAGCCACGAGAAGGCCACCUCUGCUGCCAUUGAGGGAAAAUACACCGACAAGCCUACCGGUACGACAUCACCAUCUCUCUUUUCAACACCGUCACCCUCACAAUAUUCAUCUCCAUCUCCACCAUCCAUACCCAAACCCCGCCGCAAACAAAAUCUCCCCUCCCUUAGCGUCUCGCGAAUCCUUGGGCCCAAAUCAGGAUGGCCGAUCGGAUUUGCGACGCUUCUUCAACCUGGCUAUGCUCAGUUGCUAAUGUUCUACUCCCGUACAGGCCUGACUCUCACCCAGACCUGGAACACCGCCAACGCCCUCGACACCAAGAUUGAGGUCGCCGACUCUCUUGCCAAGGGCCUCAAGCUUGAGGGUCUCUUCAACUUCCUCCCUGCCACCGCCGCUAAGGGUGCCAAGUUCAACCUCCACUUCAAGCAGCCCGGUUUCCACGGCCGUGCCUUCUUCGACCUCCUCAAGGGCCCCGUCGCCAAUGUCGAUGCUGUUGUCGGCCACGAGGGUUUCCUCGCUGGUGCUUCCGCUGGCUACGAUGCCAACAAGGCUGCUCUGACCGCCUACAGCGCCGCUGUCGGCUACGCCGCUCCUCAGUACAGCGCUGCCAUCACCGCUUCUGACAACCUCAGCGUUUUCGCCGCUUCUUACUACCACAAGGUCAACUCUCAGGUUGAGGCCGGUGCCAAGGCUACCUGGAACUCCAAGACCGGUAACGCUGUCGGUCUUGAGGUUGCUAGCAAGUACCGCAUCGACCCCGUCUCUUUCACCAAGGUCAAGAUCAACGACCGUGGUAUUGCUGCCCUCGCCUACAACGUUCUCCUCCGCGAGGGCGUCACCCUGGGUCUCGGUGGUUCUUUCGACACCCAAAAGCUCGACCAGGCUACCCACAAGCUCGGUGCCAGCUUCACCUUCGAGGGUUAA